AUGGAGGCGCCAGGGCCGGCCAAGGUGGACACUGGCCCUGGAGGCCGCGACGAGACCGGUGCGAGGGGGACCCCCGAAGGCACCGCGCGCCCCGAGGCACCAUCCUGCCGGCUGCAGGACUUGGACACACUAACCACCGUCGGCACGGGCACGUUUGGCCGUGUGCAGCUGGUCAGAGAGAAGUCCGGCAGGCGUUUCUUUGCCCUCAAGACUAUGUCCAUACCCGAGGUCAUCCGGCUGAAGCAGGAACAACAUGUCCACAACGAGAAGGCUGUCCUCGAGGAAGUCCGACACCCUUUCAUUGUCCGCCUGCUCUGGACAUCUCACGAUGACAGCUUCCUGUACAUGCUGAUGGAGUUUGUCCCAGGCGGCGAACUUUUCAGCUACCUCCGCAACAGGGGUCACUUCAGCAGCCCCACGGGCAUGUUCUACUCGGCCGAGAUCGUCUGUGCCAUUGAGUACCUGCACUCCAAGGACAUCGUCUACCGAGACCUCAAGCCUGAGAAUAUCCUGCUGGACCGUGAGGGUCACGUCAAGCUCACCGACUUUGGCUUUGCCAAGAAGCUGGUGGACAGGACGUGGACCCUUUGUGGAACCCCUGAGUACCUGGCCCCUGAGGUCAUCCAGAGCAAAGGCCAUGGCAGGGCCGUGGACUGGUGGGCACUGGGCAUCCUCAUCUUCGAAAUGCUCGCAGGAUUCCCUCCAUUUUUCGAUGACAACCCGUUCGGCAUUUAUCAGAAAAUCCUGGCCGCCAAAAUAGAUUUCCCCAGAAAUAUGGAUUUCUAUGUCAAAGACCUCAUCCGGAAACUCCUCGUGGUGGACAGGACCAAAAGACUCGGGAACAUGAAGAAUGGAGCCAGUGACGUCAAAAAGCAUCGGUGGUUCCGCGUGGUGGACUGGGACAGUGUCCCGCUCAGGAAAUUAAAGCCUCCCAUCGUCCCCAAAUUGUCCAGCGAUGGCGACACCUCCAACUUUGAGACGUACUCGGACAGCGACUGGAAGAAGCCUUCUUCUGUGUCUCCUCAGGAUCUGGAGGUGUUCAAAGAUUUCUGA